CAAUCAUGGCCGACCUGCUGCGCAUGCGCCCCGCCCGUUGUUGUUUCAGACCAACUGGUAGCUUGUACUUUCUUCGUGGCUCAGAUCAAUCAAACAAUAAAUAAUCAGCAAUGACACAUCCCGCGAAAGUUUUAGGAUGCUGAUAACCUUGUGUUACGUGUAUUUGUGGGUGCGCUUCCACAAAUGUUGUUCAGGGCUGAUUGGCAACAGCGUCUCAAGGGUGACAAGCAGCCUGCGCUUCUUCCGCACUUGGCGCUGUCGUUGUUCUUCGUCGUCCUCUGUAUCGGUCCUGCCAGCCAAUUCGGUCCCUUCAAGCCAGCGCUCGCCUGUCCUUUUGCAGCUGGGAGACGAGUCACUUGCUGUUGCGGAAUCCAAGGAUCUUCAACUUUUACAGUUGCCCAAGCGGUCUGACUUUUGCCGACCUUUGGCUUGCCGCCCCGGCCGGUUGACAAUUGUUGACAAUUUCGGUCGACUGGCUGCAGCUUUCUUCGAAGAUCGCCUACAACUGGAUAAUGGACUUGUGCCAUCAAAGAUUGGCCUGCUCAGCCUCCACGAAUCCAUUCUUGGUGAAUUGCUCCAAUGUCCAGUGGAUGUAAAGUCAGUUCCGUUUGACGACAACAACCAGGGUGUCAACGGUCAGCCUUUGUCUUGCCGCAUGUUACCCUACCUCCAAAACCCCCAGUUCUGUCAAAGUGAGACACUUCUUACUUACCCUUGUGCAAAGAAGAACAAAGAAAAUCAAAGAGGGUCAGGACCAACUUGCUUCAGUCAGGAUCAAGGUACCAAGGUCUCUGAGCAAAAUCAUCUUCACAUGGAGAACCACAGGAAAUCGCUCCACCUCUCGAGCUGCCCCGAAUGCCUUGAGCUGGAGAAUAGCACAAUCCUCUCUGUCAAAUACACGUCCGCAAAGAGCAUUUCAAAUACGCCUCCAGACGACUUGCUGUGCCUGGAUAGUGAGGAUGGCACUUUUCCCGACAGUGAGAAAGAUGCCAGAAGUUCUUUUUGCCAAAGCCACCAAUUUGAAUACGACCACAAACUGCCGCCAAAUGUUUUGGUCUACACAAAUGGUAGCAAAGAGCGCUUCCGAGCAGUUCGUCGGCUUUUAACCGAGUGUCUCGACAUGGAAAAGUACAUUAUAUAUUCUCUUCAGCCACAUCAAGUCCUGAGUGAACCUUGGAUGGAGAACUCCAGGCUCUUGGUGCUCGCAGAGGAAGAAGUGCUCACCCCCCAGCUUCACACAAGAUUUCUGAACUACCUGAGCAACGGUGGGAGCGUCCUGGGCCUGGCUUCCUCCCUGUGCCCUGCAGGCAUCUCUCUGGAGAACAGAGAGCAACAACCUAGGCAAGUGCGCCGACUGAGUUUCACGCCAAAGGACAGCACACAACUCGAGCUGAGCGUGUUGGCCAGCGGGAAGGUCUUUGUCAGAGAUGUUCUGCGACCAGGGACAUUGGAGCUCUGGGGCGCCAUCAAAGAUGGCACGCAUCGCAACGAUAUGGUUAUCAUCAGGCUAACUCGCGGAGUGUAUGGAGGGGAAGCUGUCUUGUGCCAGAUCCACCUAGAAAACAUUGGCGACUUCCAAAAGCCGGCAACUGAAGUUUUGGAUGGGUUCAAGGUAAACACUGCGCUGCAGUAUCAAGUCUUGACAGAAAUCCUGACUUCUCUUGGCCUCGAUUGCCAACAAACACAAAACCCCCUAGCACCGACUCCAGUUUACCUUCUGGCCACCUCUCAGGAGGCCAAAGCUAAAUUUGUUCAGUGUUUAUCCACGCACUUAAACCAAGACGGUCUGGUGGUGACAUCAAAGGCCUCCCUGAGGAUAGUAUCCAGUCCUGCGCUACAAGAUGCUGCUUUUGCGCACGACUGCUCUCUUCCCCUCGUCACCGAUGGGCCCGAGUCACAGAGCUGGGCCAACUUCUGUUUGGAUACCUAUGGUAACAACCUGACAACAGUUCUGCUGGGGCAUACUUUGCUGUAUGCGGAGGUUGUUUCAUCCACCAUGGAUCUGGUUGAAGGACUUAAUCUGCAUUUACCCGAAGAUGUUGGCUUGAUAGUCAUAGCUGCUCAACAAAGUCAGGGCAAAGGACGGGGAAGAAAUACCUGGCUCAGCCCUCUUGGUUGUGCCAUGUUCACGCUAUGUGUCCAGAUAAAGCUGAAUUCCAGGCUUGGCAAGAGCAUCUCCUUUCUGCAGCACCUGGCUGCUCUCGCUGUCAUCGAAGCUGUGCGCACGCUUCCUGGAUAUGAGAAUAUUGACCUGCGGGUGAAGUGGCCCAACGACAUCUACUACGGCCGUCGGCUGAAGCUCGGAGGUGUUCUUGUGACUUCCACUGUCACGGGUUCAACUUUUCAUCUACUAAUGGGAUGUGGCUUCAAUGUGAGCAACAGUAAUCCAACAGUGUGCAUCAAUGACCUAAUCCAGCAGUACAACAUUGAGCACAACUGCAAGCUGCAAGCCCUUAACUGUGCACAACUUAUUGCCCGGACAGUCAGCUGCCUAGAGGCCUUCAUAGAGCGCUUUCAGCGCCAUGGUGCAGAAGCAAUUUUGCCAGUCUACUACAAAAGAUGGCUUCACAGUGGAAGUCUGGUACAUCUUUGGAGUGAGAGUGGACCAGAAGCUGAGGUGGUGGGUCUAGAUAGCAAUGGCUUUCUUCAAGUCCACAGUACGACGGCGGGUUUUAUGUCAGUGGAGCCUGACGGAAACUCAUUUGACAUGCUGAAGAACCUGGUGGUCAUCAAGCAGCAUUAGGACCAAAAACAACUUGUUUUUGAUAGAUAAGAAGGUGCAUUUAUUUACAACUGUGAUUACUCAUUGUGUAACUUUGUUUUUGCUACCUAAUGUCACACCGUGUGGUAAGGUGUGCAAAACUGCUUUUAACUGAUCAUAGCCCCAUUUCCUUGAUUUUAAAACUUCCAAUCAAGGGGUGUCAAAAAAGUGGAAAUUUAACUCCAAACUGUUAAA